UGACUGUUGAUUUCCGGUUCCACAUCGGUUUCCCCUUGAUUAACGCAAAUCAUUGACAUCAAUUGUGGCCGGCUAGAUAUUUGUUGGUUAUAUUCAUCAUAUUUACAAAAAGAAUGAAACUACGGACUGUCUAGUGCGUAAAGAAUCCUCCUGAUAUUAAUUUCCCACGUAUAUUAAAUUAGAUCUACUGUUUGACACGAUGGGCGAGCUAGUACAGUACUUAAAUAAAAUAAAAAUACCCCAGCGGGGAGACAAAAUAUAUAAAGAUGAAUGUGUUUUCUCGUUUGACACACCAGAAUCGCCGAAUGGACUCUACCUCAAUCUUACAACAUAUUUGGGACUAGGUCAGGAUCAUGUCGAUGCUUACUAUCAAAGGACCAAUAACCCUGUAUUUCUUCGCUUGAAGAGAUCAAAAAAAGAAAUACCUGCCGAGCAGCAAGGGGAUGGUCCUGAGAAAAAAAUAACCCGUUUAGCGAUCGGGGUUGUGGGAGGAUUCACACCGGAUACUAAAAAAUACGAGUAUGAUGAAUCCUACGAGAUUGUUAUAUUGCCCAAUUAUGUAACAAUACCGUAUCCUAAGGAUGAUUUGCCUGAACAAGUUAAAACUGCCAUAAAAUCUCUAUUGGAAGCAGAGUCUGCCUCAAAGUUAGCAGAAACAGAAGCCUUAGCUGGAACUUGGGACGGAGAAGCGAGAAUAGUUUCAAAGCAUGCGGCAAAUUUAAAACAGUUGGGCAAUGGAAAGAAGAUUCCUCCAAGCGGCUGGAAAUGUGAGAACUGUGAUUUGACCACGAACCUAUGGCUCAAUUUAACCGAUGGGUCAAUACUCUGCGGGCGGAAGUUUUAUGACGGAACUGGUGGGAAUGAUCAUGCCAUUGAACACUAUCGCACCACGGGCCACCCUUUGGCUGUUAAGCUCGGAACAAUCACCAAAGAAGGAAAAGGGGAUGUUUUUUCUUACGAUGAAGAUGACAUGGUUGAAGAUCCGCAUCUUAUCACGCAUCUAGCACACUGGGGCAUCAAUAUUACCCAUAUGGAGAAGACUGAUAAAUCUAUGGUCGAAUUAGAGUUGGACCUUAAUCAGAAAUUUGACGAAUGGGUAGCACUUCAGGAGGCUGCGAGCAAAUUAACUGCUAUUUACGGCCCUGGAUACACGGGACUCGUUAAUUUGGGUAAUUCCUGUUAUCUGAAUAGCGUCAUGCAGAUGGUGUUCACUAUACCUGACUUUAUAAAAAGAUAUGUUGAGGGAGCUCCGCAACUUUUUCAACAGUCUGGCAAUGAUCCUGCAAACGAUUUUAAUACACAAAUGGCAAAAUUAGGAGUGGGUCUAGUCUCUGGGAAGUACUCUGUUCAGCCGCCGUCUGGCUCAGAAGACGAACGACGCCAAGGCAUACCUCCGAGAAUGUUCAAGACUCUUGUCGGUCGUAGUCAUCCGGACUUUUCAACCAACCAUCAGCAAGAUGCACAAGAAUUUUUCCUCCGGCUGAUAGAUCUUUUAGAUCGCAAUAGCCGUCAUCAAGCCAAUCCUGCAGAUUGCUUUAAAUUUAAAGUGGAGGAAAGAUAUCAAUGUGGAGGAUCUGGCAAAGUUAAGUACACCCAUCGUCCCGAAUAUUUGCUGCCACUUCCCAUUCCGCUCAAAGCAGCUGUAAAUCAGGAAGAAGUCGCUGCUUUUGAGGCAAAGAAAAAGGAAGUAGAAGCAAAGGGUCAAAAGAUGGAUUCCAACAGCAUCGUCAGACCUCGAAUAAAACUUUCAUCGUGUCUGGAGAUGUUCACCCAGCCUGAAAUUGUAGAACAAUUUUAUAGUACAGCUCUAAACCAGAAAACAAAUGCAUGCAAGGUCACGAGUCUCGCCAGUUUUCCGGAUUACUUGGUUAUUCAUCUAAAAAAAUUCACCCUGAGAGAAGAUUGGAUCCCCAUUAAAUUGGACGUUGCUAUCGAGAUGCCAGAUCAGUUGGAUUUAAGUAUGCUUCGUGGGCUGGGAUUACAAAGUGGAGAAGAAUUGCUACCGGAACUUGCCGGCUCUGAACCACCACCUCCUGUUUUCGAUGAAGCCAUUCUCGAACAGUUGAAGGAUAUGGGUUUUCCACCAGAAGCUUGCAAGAGAUCGUUAUUCUUCACGGAAAAUCGAGGCUUGGAAGCCGCAACUAACUGGCUCAUGGAGCAUAUCCUAGAUUCCGAUUUUGCAGAUCCAUUUGUGCCUCCGGGUAUCGACAUGAAGGCAGGAAAAACGGACUUCAAACCGAACGAAGAAGCCCUCCAAAUGGUGAUGAGCAUGGGUUUCACCAAAGAACAAGCAACUAAGGCUUUGAAAGCAACCGAUAACAAUCUCGAACGCGCAGCAGACUGGAUUUUCAGUCACCAAGCAGAACUGGAUGCUCCUGACACAGAAGAAGGUCCGGUGCAGGAUGCUGCGUUUAGAGAUGGAAAUGAACGAUACAAAUUAGUUGGUUUCAUUUCUCAUAUGGGUACCUCAACUAUGGUUGGCCACUACGUUUGUCAUUUGCUGAAAGAUAAUCGCUGGGUAAUAUUCAACGAUGAAAAGGUUGCACUAUCUGAAAAUCCACCAAAGGAAUUGGGCUACUUAUACCUGUAUCAACGUAUCGAAUAGAAAUUUGAAUGGGCAUGUUUUGUAAAAACUUUUUAUCGUACACCAAAAUUUAACAAUAAAAUAAAAAUCUAAAUCA